UGGCGACAGCAGAUUCGUCACCAGUCGAUCGAAAAAAAAACCAGAAAAAACGGAGUUUUUGAAUUAUCGCUCCUCGUCACCAUGAGAAAGUUUUUAACAGCAAUUUUCUAGCGUUCCUCGGGAGCACGGGAGAUACAUACUGUACUGUAUACAGUGUGACGGCAUCGCGUAAUAGUCGUUCGCGGGAACGUGACGUCGCUAACUGACAAACUCCCUCAAGUUGAUUCUUCGCCACCGCCGAACAUGCUGAUAUUGAAAGCGACCGUAGUUAAUUGUUGUUGCGCCUCUAGACGCGCCGCGGGCGCCGCCAGUGUCCUGCAAAAUUUCUUGUUGAGAGGCAAAUUCCCGUCGGCUGCUUACGUCGAACCCGCAAGAAAGAUGUCAUGGGCAAACGAGAAACAAAGAUUCUUGAACAUGUCGCCGGAGGAAAAGAGGAGUUUUUACAAGGCGGAGGUGAUUACCCCCGAUCAGAUCCCCACGUGGGCAGAGUACUGGGACAAAAACAAGUCCAGUAUCGUCAAGACCGUCGAGAAGGUUGAAAAGAUCGACGAGGCCGUAGCUAAAAAAGUAUCGAUAUGGCAAGGGGACAUAACGUUACUUGAGAUAGACGCGAUUGUCAACGCUGCCAAUUCGAGCCUUUUGGGAGGUGGUGGAGUUGAUGGUGCUAUUCAUCGAGCAGCAGGACCAAAUUUAAGGAAGGAAUGUGCGACAUUAGGAGGAUGCAAAGUCGGCGAAGCUAAAAUCACAGGAGGCUAUAUGCUGCCAGCUAAAUAUAUUAUUCACACGGUUGGUCCACAAGGUGAGAAACCAGAUAAAUUGAAGGAAUGUUACGAAAAUAGUCUGGUUAAGGCUAAAGAAAAUCAUUUGCGUACUAUUGCAUUCCCAUGCAUAUCAACUGGAAUUUACGGAUAUCCACAAAGGCCAGCAGCCAAAGUAGCUUUAUCGACAGUUAAGAAAUUUCUUCUCGAUAAUAAAGAUUUGAUGGAUAGAAUCAUCUUUUGCUUAUUUCUGGAAACUGAUAAAGACAUAUAUGAAGAACUGUUGCAAAAAUACUUUGCUCUUGAUUAAAUAGUAGAUAAAUAUAUCUACUUCUGCUGCAAAAUCUUUCACAAUGUUUGGUGUAUAAUAUAAUCUUAUAUAUAAUCUUAUAUGUAAUGGAUAAUAUAAGUAUUUUCACAAUACAACUAGUUAUAAUCAAA